CUUCUCUUGCACUGGGCCCUCAGGAAGGAAGAGGGAGGGGGAUAGCUGGACCCUGCUGGGACUGGGCAUAAGAUGGACCUUAAGAGGAGCCGCUGUGUGAGGCUCAGUGAUGGGCACCACAUGCCAGUUCUCGGUCUGGGCACCUAUGCCCCUGAAGAGAUUCCCAAGAUCCAGGCUUAUGAGGCCACCAAGAUGGCCAUCGAUGCCGGCUACCGCCACAUUGACUCUGCGUACAUGUAUCAGAACGAGAAGGAGUUGGGGAAGGCCAUCCGGGAGAAGGUCGCAGACGGAACCGUGAAGAGAGAGGAUAUCUUCUACACCUCCAAGCUCUGGGCCACCUGCCUGCGGCCAGAGCUGGUUCGCCCAGCCCUGGAGCGCUCGCUGAGGGACCUGCAGCUGGACUACGUUGACCUGUACCUCAUCCACAUGCCCAUCUCUCUGAAGCCAGGGGAGGAGAUCCUACCCAUGGAUGCCAGCGGAAAGAUCCUGUUGGAUGAGGAGGUUGAAUUCUGCGCCAUCUGGGAGGUCCUGGAGAAAUGCAAGGAUGCUGGGCUAACCAAGUCCAUCGGAGUCUCCAAUUUCAACCACAAACAGCUGGAGAUCAUCCUGAACAAGCCAGGGCUGAAGUACAAACCCGUCUGCAACCAGGUAGAGUGCCACCCUUACCUGAACCAGAGCAAGCUGCUGGAGUUCUGCAAAUCCAGGGACAUUGUGUUGGUGGCUUUCAGCGCCCUGGGGUCCCACAGAGAGAAAAAAUGGAUGAACACAGACAUCCCACCCCCGCUGGAGGACCUGGCACUGAAGGCCAUUGCCCAGAAGCAUGGCCGCAGUCCUGCCCAGGUGGCCCUGCGCUACCAGCUACAGCGGGGUGUGGUGGUCCUGGCCAAGAGCUUCAGUAAGAAGAGGAUCUGGGAGAACUUCCAGGUCUUUGACUUUGAGUUGACUCCAGAAGACAUGAAAGCCAUCGACGGCCUCAACACUAACUCCCGCUUACUGAUGCUGUCCUUCGGAGUUCAUCACCCCAACUACCCAUUUGUGGAGGAAUACUGACCUGCUUUUGCAGUACCUCUCAUCCCCAGGAUGUCUAGCAUUCAAGGAUAGGGAGACCCUCUGCCUUCCUCCAUCCGGGUUACCAGAAGCACAAUGUGGGCUUUCAGCCUGCUUGCCCAGCUUUCUUUCUCAUCACGAAGCAAUAAAGGCCACAACAUAA